UCCAAACCUGAGUUCUUCAUCUUCUCUUUGCAGCCAACAUGCCCAUCACUCGGAUGCGCAUGAGACCCUGGCUAGAGAUGCAGAUUAAUUCCAACCAAAUCCCAGGGCUGACCUGGAUUAAUAAAGAGGAGAUGAUCUUCCAGAUCCCGUGGAAGCAUGCCGCCAAGCACGGCUGGGACAUCAACAAGGACGCCUGUCUGUUCAGGAGCUGGGCCAUUCACACAGGCCGAUACAAAGCAGGGGAAAAGGAGACAGACCCCAAGACGUGGAAAGCCAACUUCCGCUGCGCCAUGAACUCGCUGCCGGACAUCGAGGAGGUGAAGGACCAGAGCAGGAACAAGGGCAGCUCAGCUGUGCGGGUGUACCGCAUGCUCCCCCCGCUGACCAAGAACCAGAGGAAAGAAAGAAAGUCCAAGUCUAGCCGAGAGACCAAGAGCAAGGCCAAGAGGAAGUCAUGUGGGGACUCCAGCCCUGAUACCUUCUCCGACGGGCUCAGCAGCUCCACUCUGCCCGAUGACCACAGCGGCUACACAGCUCACGUCUGCUUCGGGGAGGACCUGGAUAUGGAACAGGCACUCACUCCAGCACUGUCACCGUGUGGCGUCAGCAGCACUCUCUCUGACUGGCACAUGCCCGACAGCACCAGUGACCUGUACAACUUACAGGUGUCGCCCAUGCCUUCCACUUCUGAAGCUGCCACAGACGAGGACGAGGAGGGCAAGAUCCCUGAGGACAUCAUGAAGCUCCUGGAGCAGUCCGAUUGGCAGCCAACCAGUGUGGAUGGAAAGGGGUACUUGCUCAAUGAGCCCGGGCUCCAGCCCCCCUCUGCCUAUGGAGACUUCAGCUGCAAAGAGGAGUCUGUUGUCGACAGUGCUGGGGCAGAGGUUGGGAUAAGCCUGCACCGAGUCUUCACAGAUCUGAAGAACAUGGACUCCACCUGGCUGGACAGCCUGCUGACCCCGGUCAGAGUGCCCUCUAUCCAGCCCAUUCCCUGUGCACCAUAACCAGCUGGCACCCUGGUGGCUGUGGUACAGAGAAGCAGAACUCCUGUGGGCCCAGUUAACAUGGCAAAAUGUGACCCCGUUGCCUAAUGAGGAUGGGCUCUCCCUCCUAGGGGCAGCAGACGGCUCAGGGCCUGGCAGGCCAGGGCUUGGGCUCACUUUUGGGGGCGAAGUUGGACCUGCCUCCCAGGAAGAAAGGAUCCAGAGGCUGGUGGUUCAAGGUGGAGGACGUCCUCACACGGAAGUCAGCCAAGAGCUUCGCCCUCAGCGCUCAGCCGCCGCCGAGAAAGGACCAGAGCUGGCCUGAGGGAUACAGAACAGUGACCUCAGAAAAGCAUCCGCCAACCCCCAGGGCUGGUUCUGCACUAAGAGACAAUUGCACUAAAGUGGCUCCUGUUCCCAAAGACCUGCCUCCCUUCCCAGCUGAGCCCUGGGGACUGCCCCAGUGCCAGUGAAGGAAAAACCCAGGAGUCCUUCAGGAAGCAAGCGCUCCCUCCGCCUCCGAGAAGCUGCCCCAUUGCUCCCCACCCAGGCUGAGGGGCUUGGGGGGAAAACUCGGCACUUUUUCUUGUGGGCGCUGGCACAGUUCUGAUGAGAGGCGUACACUAACGUUCCCGAGCUCUUGGCUGUCGCGUUUAUUUAUACAGUGCCUUGCCCUGUGCCCGCCCUCCGCCCUCGGCAGGCCCAGGGAAGGCAGUGUGAGCACCUUGGUGUGACUGAGAAUUUGGGAACACCGUCUAACCACUAAGUCAUGUGUGACUGCAUGGACCUGUGUGUACAUAUGUAUAUUUCUCCUUUUAUAAAAAGCUUUAAUUAUC